AUGGCCCUUGCUCCCAAGUUUGCUGGACAGGCUCUUUCAGGUAGCCUCGGUUCCAAUCACACUCUGGAACUGUUUCUUGACUACGUGUGUCCUUUCAGUAAGAAGCAAUUUGACACUUUCUAUCGCGAUGUCGCUCCCAUCAUUGAGCAAAAGUACUCCAACAACCUGCGAGUCAUCUUCCGCCAACAGAUCCAGCCAUGGCAUCCCUCAUCCACGCUGGUCCACGAAGCAGCUGUUGCAGUCCUGAGAACCGAUCCUUCCAAGUUCUGGCCCUUCUCCGCUGCCCUGUUCGACAAGCAGACCGAUUACUUCGACGUCAACGUCGUCAAUGAGACAAGAAACCAAACCUACAAACGCCUCGCCAAGCUUGCUGCUGCUGUCGGUCUGGACGAGAGCAAAAUUUACAGUCAGCUCGAGAUCUCUAACAAGCCUGGUCCGGAUGGCAGUUUAAACUCAGGCAACCAGGUGACCAACGAUCUCAAGUUACUUAUCAAGGCUGGUCGGUUGGUCGGUGUCCACGUCUCGCCCACUGUGAUGUUCAAUAUCAUCAAACAGGAUCAGUACUUGCAGGUCAAAGGCCUCUACCAUCGAGAAGCAUUCAGCAGUGUCGAAACUGGAUUGACAAAGGUCUCCUCAGAUUUUGGUGUCGCCGAAACUGCUCCUUCUUGUCUCGAUGCCUUUUUUCGUGACAGCAGUAGUUUUACUUCCACUUCCCAAGCUUCUGUCAAUUGA